UCAAACUCAAGAUCUUGAGAGGCAAAUUGAACAUUUUACUCAUGGACAUCCCCUAAGCCACUAUGAGAUAAUUGAAGAUGUUCUCUGCAAGGCUUGCAAUUUGGAGGUUUGUGGGCAAGCCUAUGGCUGUGAACGUUGCAAAUACUACUUGCACAAUCAAUGCGCCAAAUUGUCCUAUGAAGUGUUUCAUCCUCUUCACCCCGACCAUCCUCUCCAUCUCUAUGACGGUAAGGAUUUUUAUUGUGGUGAAUGCAGAGAUAUGUCAGCUGGGUUUGGCUACGUCUGCUAUUUGUGCGGUUUCAAGCUGGAUUUGAAAUGUUUUAUUUUAAAAGAGCUUAAGGUUCAAAGGCUAAAAGAGAUGGCCAGAGAGUCAAAGACAAAGUUGUGCCUUUUCCAUCAAGAUCACGAGCUUUCCUUCGCCAAUUUUAGCCUAGUCUUUAAAGGCGAUUGGUGCACUAUUUGCUUCUUACCACUUUCAGGGAUAAGUUAUAGAUGCUUUCGUUGUGGUUAUGCUCUUCAUGAAUCCUGUCUUGGAUUUCCAUUUCCAUGGGAGAUGGCACUCCCAUUUCAUCCGGAACAACCCUUGCACCCAAUUUAUAAUCACUUCUUUGACGUAUUCUGUCUUGCCUGCCCUGGUCCAACCCGUACUGAUUCCAUCGUCUAUAAUUUUCAGCAAUGUAGACACAUCAGCCUCCAUUUUUUAUGUGCCAAUUCCUUGCGGCGACCCCUAGAAUCCAAGUCUCACCCGCAUCCUCUUUUCUAUUUUGGAACCGAAUGCCAAAAUCUCUUCACACUGUUGGACGAAUUCUCUAAACGAGGUGGAAGAAAUAGCACCAGCAGAAGAGCCAUCCUCAAAUUUGGUGUUAGACUCUGAGAACACCUCUAUCCAAGCUGAGAGUGAAGUGUCCACAGAUGAAUCAACCUCAAAUUUGGUAUUAAACUUUGAGAACAUCUCUACCCAGCCUGAGAGUGAAAUGUCCACAGAAGAGCAGCAAAGCGACGAAGAAAAUCCAGCAAUGAAGAAAUGAAUUGAAGAGCAGCAGAGUGAUUAGGAAAAAUUAGUUCUGUAUUUGAUUUGCUAGAUGAAGCAUAUAUAUUUUAUCAAGGAAACUGUUAUCACUUGAAGGA